AUGCGAAUACUAUUACUUCUCCUUUUUAUGCUAUUCAGCAUCACCACCCACUCCCUCCCCCACUACGGCGUCUCUCUCCCCCCACCACCCACCGACCCAGCCAAACCGCCCACAUCCCCCUACUACCCAUGGAAGUCCCGACUCGCCAGCGGCGCUGACCACGUCGACAAAACCACCCUGUAUAGCAUCGCCCGCGCGGCCCACAACCAAGGCCAAACACACUUCGCCGACUAUCUAAAACACUAUCUCGGCAACACGGGUCGCGAUGCCCACGUCUCCGUCGACGAGAUGCUUUCCGCAAUGCCGCAAUUCCGCACCGAAGUGCACGAACUAGCCAAAUUCAAGGCAAAACUCGCCUACGAGUCGUUGAUGAUGACCCGACCGGACGAGGCACCCGUCGUGCCAUUUACGAGUUUCUGGCACGAGUACAUCGCGACGCCGGAUCAGAGCUGGGACUGGUUCCUAUCCGUGGGGAGUUCCGGUUCGAUGAGGGCAGACUCGCUGGGUUGCAGGUGA